AUGAAAAUCAGCCAAAAAAUUGCCCAGGCAGAGAAAGAGGAUCGAGUAUGGUGGUCAUUUGAGUAUUUUCCACCCCGCACGGCCCAGGGUUUGCAAAACUUGCUUGAUCGCAUAGAGCGUAUGCGCGCCCUGGGACCGGAGUUCAUAGACAUUACAUGGAACGCUGGCGGUCGUACCUCUGACUUGACCUCUGAAAUGGUCAAGACAUGCCAAAAAUUGAUCGGCAUUGAGACAUGCAUGCACCUCACUUGCACGAACAUGCCAAAGGAAAAGGUGGAUAUCGCUCUGAAGGAAGCCAAGGAGCAUGGCUGCCGAAACGUGUUGGCCCUGCGUGGGGAUCCACCUAUGGGCAAAGACGAGUGGGAGGCAGUCGAGGGCGGAUUUGUGCACGGCAUCGACCUCGUCCAGCACAUUCGUACGAAGUACGGAGACUACUUCGACAUCGCCGUCGCCGGCUUUCCUCAGCACCAGCUUCUGACCCCUGACGAGUUAGCUCUCGAGCUCAAGUACCUAAAAGAGAAAAUCGAUGGUGGCGCGAACUUCAUCUUCACGCAGAUGUUCUACGACGUCGACAUUUUCAUCCAGUGGGUGCACUCCGUCCGCGAGGCUGGUAUCACGGUGCCCAUUGUCCCUGGCAUUGCGCCCAUCCAGACGUGGAACGGAUUCCACAAAGCUACGAGCUUGGCGAAGACGAAAAUCCCACAGUCCUUCCUCGACGAGCUGGAGCCGCACAAGAACAAUGACGAGAAGGUCCGUGAGAUCGGCACUAGACUCGUGGCGGAAAUGUGCCGGCGCAUCCUCAACGAGCCCAUAGGCAUAAAGGGUCUUCAUUUCUACACCAUGAACCUGGAGAAGGCCACACGCAUGUUGCUCGAAGAGUUGAACCUCGUUCCCCGUAUCCAGACUGUCAAGCCUUUGCCCUGGAGACAGUCUCUCACGCCGAACAGGCGUACCGAGACUAUCCGUCCUAUCUUCUGGGCUAACCGCACUAAGUCGUAUCUCUCACGUACAGAGAACUGGGAUGAGUACCCGAACGGCCGAUUUGGUGACUCUCGCAGUCCAGCAUAUGGUGAGCUGGACGGCUACGGUAUCUGGAUUAAGCAAACCGUAGAGGAAGCACUUCAACUAUGGGAUCAUCCAACCUCUGCGGACGAGAUCGGGAAGCUGUUCGCGAAGUUCUGUCAGGGCCAGUUGCCUGCGCUUCCCUGGUCGGAUUCCGCGCCGUCGUCGGAGACAACCGUCAUCGCAACGCAGCUAUUCAAGCUCAACGAGAUAGGUUUCCUGACCAUCAACUCACAGCCGGCUGUCGAUGGUGCGCGGAGCGAUGAUAGGAUCCAUGGCUGGGGUCCGUCCAACGGUUACGUCUACCAGAAGGCCUACCUCGAGUUCUUCGUAUCGCCUCAGCUUCUGGACGCUCUACUCCCACACAUCGAGCGUGACGUAAACAUCACCUACUACGUGAUCAAUAAGCGGGGUGACCUGCGGACGAACACACACUCGGACGGGCCCAACGCCGUAACAUGGGGCGUGUUUCCGAACAAGGAGAUCAUCCAGCCAACCAUCGUGGAGGCUAUCAGCUUUAUGGCGUGGAAGGACGAGGCGUACGAACUGGGUCGCCAGUGGGCCAAGUACUACGAGCCUGAGUCCCCGUCACGCAAGCUGAUCGACAACAUCAUGGACACUUACUACCUCGUCAACGUCGUGCAUAACGAUUAUAAGAAGCCCGAGGCCAUUUUCGAACCCUUCUUCAAGGCUGGCGCUGAGCUAGCCGCAUCGCAGGGCUCACAGCCUGUCCUCAACGGACACUGA